GGUGCCUCUUCCUCGCCGCGCCGGGACAGCGACAGCCAGGCUGCCGGCUUGCUGCCGCCCCACCAUGGCUCCCAGCUCCGAGCGGCUCUUCGAUUCCGUGGGACACUUCGGCAGAUUUCAAGCAUGUGUUUAUUUUGCCUCUGUCUUUCAAGCUAUGUCCUGUGGUAUCCAUUACUUAGCAUCUGUGUUCAUGGCUGUUACUCCCAACUUUGUGUGUGGUAUCCCUGGAAAUGUGAGUAGUGCUCUUUUCUACAACUCCUCUGAAUCAAGUCUAGAGGACAUCUGGACACUAUGGACAUCAGCUGAAAAUUACCUUGUAGUCCAGCUGGAGAAUGGAGACAUUUGGGAACUUAAUCAAUGCAGCAGGUCCAAACGAGAAGUCAGUUUGGAUCUGGCAUAUGAGUACAAAGGCAACAAGUCCACAUUUUCCUGUUCUGAUGGAUUUCUCUACGAUGACACUAAGUGGAAGAGCACUGUUGUUACGCAGUGGGAUCUGGUCUGUGAGCGAGAAUGGCUUGCAAAAUUAAUCCAGCCUACGUUCAUGCUUGGAGUCUUGAUUGGAGCAGUGAUUUUUGGGGACAUUGCUGACAGGCUGGGAAGACAGCGUGUUAUAUGGUUCACAAGCGCUGGGCAGUUCGUGUUUGGCAUCGCAGUGGCCUUCACGUUUGACUACUACAGCUUUGUGAUUGUGCGCUUCCUCCUCGCUAUGGUUUCCAGUGGCUAUCUGGUUGUGGCUUUUGUUUAUGUGACUGAAUUUGUUGGCAUUAAAGCACGAACCUGGGCUUCUAUGCAUGUCCAUGCUUUUUUUGCUAUGGGAAUUAUGGUUGUGGCACUCGUGGGAUUUUUGGUUCGGACCUGGUGGGUCUAUCAGAUAUUUCUCUCUCUAGCGACUCUCCCCUUUGUCUUGUGCUGCUGGAUGCUCCCAGAAACACCUUUUUGGCUCCUGUCAGAGGAAAGAUACGAAGAUGCACAAAAAGUCAUUAAUGUAAUGGCAAGAUGGAAUAAAGUAAGCACUCCCUGCAGAGUCUCUGAACUGUGCUCAGUCCAACAAGAUGACCUGGCCAGUGGUGGAACGGGUGACAAUGACACAUCCUCAGCAAAGAAGCACAACAUCUUAGACCUGUUCUGUAACUGGCAAAUUGCAAGAAGGACCAUCACAGUCUGGCUGAUCUGGUUCACUGGGAGCUUGGGGUACUACGUCUUCUCCCUCAGUUCUGUCAGUCUAGGAGGCAAUGAAUAUUUAAAUCUCUUUCUCAUAGGUGCUGUGGAGUUGCCUUGCUACAUCAUUGCUUGCAUUGCAAUGGACAAACUGGGAAGGAGAAACACACUCAUUCCGUUCCUUAUUUUAAGUGCUCUGAUCUGUGUUUUAAUUAUGUUCAUACCUCAGGAUUUCAAUAUAUUAAUUAUCUUAGCAAAUAUGGCCGGAAAAUUUUCAAUAGGUGUGGCAUUUGGCCUCAUCUAUCUCUACACAGCAGAACUGUACCCAACAAUUGUAAGAUCCCUUGCUGUUGGAAGUGGAAGCAUGAUGUGCCGUGUAGGAAGCGUGGUCGCUCCUUUCUGUGUGUAUCUGAGAAGUGUUUGGAUUUUCAUGCCACUUCUGCUUGUUGGAAUCAUGGCUCUUCUGAGCGGAAUAUUAACAAUAAUGCUUCCAGAAACACUGGGAAAGCCAUUGACUAAUACUUUGGUGGAAGCUACAGAAAUGGGAAGAAACAAGAAAAGCUGUUCAGAAAAGACUCCUCCAGCACACAGUGGUGCCACGUUGGAAAAGAUGGAGAUGUUUGGUCAAGAAACAGUCAGCACUGAGAAAUAAAGCAAGAGCAAAGUGGCUGUUCCCAGCUGUAAUCAUUACCUAAUUUAUAAGGUCUUUUUAUUCAAGAACUGUGACUGUUCUAUAAUACCUGUGCCUUUUACUUUGUAUCCAGUCUUGCCUUUUUAAUAGAGCAGGUACUGAAACCUUUUCUACGUGACUGAAGUACUGCAGAAACUUCGGUAGGAUUUCUAAAUCCCUUGAUAAACCUACCUAGGCUUCAGCAAUCCUAUCUGGCUUGCUGUGACCAGUUGGCAGAGGUUAAAUGGUGGAACCUACUGAUUACAUAUAUGUAAAUUAAUACACCAACUCUUUGCUUCACACUUUGUACAAUUAGGUUUGUAAACCCACCACUAAGUGCCCUAUCCCCCCUCAUCUUGCUGCAGCUGACUUCAAAACAUGGUCAGCUCAAGACAGUUACAAAUCAAGAGAGAAGCCUUAACACUGCAUUGAGUCAUAUCAACAAUGUCUAACUCCUUUAUUCUCUUUUCCCUCCAAGUUUUCUACUAGAAAAAGUGCAAUUUCUAACCAAGGAUUCUAUGGAACAGCUUCUGACUGAAAAAAACCAACACCAACAAAUCAAAACAACUAAGUUUGCAAUAUGUGCAAAUAGUUUGUAUAUUCAUUCUGUUUGAAUGGCAAAUGUAUUUUUACUUGUAGUUUGAGGGGGGAAAUAUAGUUCACUGGAUCUGCUGCUGUCUUAGUUCUUUUCAGUUUAGGUAAAAUUGAAAAGCCUGGAGCCUUUGAAAGCUGCAUUCAUUCCAGACCCUUAUUUCAGCGCUGCCCUUCUCGCUCACUUCAGCUCAGACCUAGCAUCAGAUUCUUCAUCAUUUCUAAAAGCUAAGCCAGCAGCUUUGCUAAGUGCCUCCAUCAAGGCCUUUUCAGUCCUCAGGUGAAAAGACUAGAUGAGCUGAGUCUUACUCAGGCUCUCUGCACAGAGAGGGAUUUAGUUGUUAAGGAAUGUUUAGUAGACACGGUAUGCACACACCAUCUUUUUUUCCUCACAGAUCAGCUGUCUGGAGCUCAUUUUUUCCUUAUACCACACAAAAUCAGGUAGAAAAAUAUAAUUGAAAAA